GGUGGCUGUGUGACGGCAGCCUGCCCAGCGGAAACUACGGUCACACCGACCGGAGGCACGCGCAGGAACCGAGGAAGUAGCGUGGGAUAAACCAACUUUUGAUACAUCGACUCUCCUGCACUGCUGCCGUUCAACUCACAGUCUACACAGGCCAUCUGCUCGCCUCCACGUCCCAGCAGCAACAGAUUCUUGCAAUUCCCAUAACUAGUCUGCAACGUGUGUAGCCGAAGCCUCUCAGUGAGGAUGAACCUCAGUCAUCCUGACCAGAACAUGCACAGCUCCAGUGAAGGCUGCCUAGAGGAUGAUAAGUCUGAUGUCAUGUUGCCUUGCUUCCGCAGAAACAUGUAUGACGAGCCUCUGGCCUCAUACUCCAACGGAUCCAUCAUCUCUCAACUCCUCCGCAAGACAAUCCACAACAAGAGGGCACUAGAUGAGAGCCAGUUCUACCUUUCCAGCUCCACUGCUGCUGAUUCCGGUCAGGAGGACCAGAGCAGCGUCUCCUCAAAGGACAGCACGGUGGAAGCUGCCUCUCCUGUCGCUCAUGUUUCUACGGGAACCAGCCCGGAAGGGGAGCAUCCCAUGACUGACCACCUGCAGGCCAAAAGAGCCAGAGUGGAGAACAUUAUCAGGGUUAUGACUGGAUCUCCCAACAGUAGGCAGCAUGGAGAAAGUGAGAGGUCUGACACAGACGCCAGAGACACCAGAGAGGCCAGGGAAGCAUACAGGGAGAACAAACGUAAACAGAGGUUGCCUCAGCAUCAAGAACACAGUGUUGGAGGGCCGGCAAAUAGAAGAUCUGGGCGCAGCAGCAGCUGUGAUAAGGAUGAGGAGUGCCACAAGCUGAAAGAGCAGCUCCACAGUAUGCAAAGGCUACUGCGCCAGCUCCAGGAAAAGUUCCUUCAAGUUUACAAACAGGAAGACGCUGAACACGACAGAGAUGAGACAGAAGUCACUGUUGAGCAUGGAGAAAGCAUGGUGUCACAGUACAAAAGCACUGAGGAUGAUUUUGAGAGGAAGAACAGCAGAGGGACUGCAGAGUUUAAGGACAGAAUUAAAGUAGUUGGUUAUCUGGGAAACCAAAGAGAAAGCCAGAACCUACAGGAAACCCUGAAGCAGGAACUCUCCAGGGCUGUGAAUGACUGUGUGGACAGGGUGUUCAAGAAUGUGUCCUCCACAGGGCUCGAUCUGCCCCAUCAGCAGCGCAUGUGCUCAUCUCCAGAGAUUCAGAUCUGUGUUAGUGCAGACAGGAAGAGCCAGCAGGCCGGCUCCACCCAGGAACAGCCCCAGGCUGAGGAGGCUGCAGUGAGACCGCGCUCUUUGGAGUAUUAUGAAAGCUCCGAGGCUCAAAGCCCACAGGACCAGACAGAAGCACUGUCGCUGGUGGUCCGCAAACCAGCAGUGACCCCUCUGAGCUCAGUCACCCCAACAGUGAAGAGGCCCUAUCCUGUGCACCAGACACCAUUUCAGUUCAAUUACAGCACCCCUCUGCAUGACAGCCAGAUCCUAGAGCAUCUUCUUAAGUACGGGCCCCAUUCCAACUUUGGGGGUCUCCCUUGUAUGCCCCCAUCAAUGGACAGGACCUCCCCAGACUCAGUGGACCUCCCCUGGGAAGCCAUCACCAUGAGGUCCAAGGUGACAUCCAGCCACCUCGGCCACCAUCCUCGUCCCUCUGCCCUGGGGGCAGUGACAGUUGACAAUCUGUGUCUCCCUCACGUCAAGAUCGAGUGUGGUGAACUGCAGAGCAUGGCUGAACGAAACCCCUACAUGUCGCUCAACAUCCAGGAGGGUCUCACCCCGAGCCAUCUGAAGAAGGCAAAGCUGAUGUUCUUCUACACCCGCUACCCCAGCUCCAAUGUGCUGAAAACCUUCUUCCCUGACGUCAAGUUCAACCGCUGCAUCACCUCUCAGCUGAUCAAGUGGUUUAGUAACUUCAGGGAGUUCUACUACAUCCAGAUGGAGAAGUUUGCUCGCCAGGCCAUUGUUGACGGCAUCAGUGAUGUCAAAGACAUUACAGUUAGCAGAGACUCCGAGCUGUUCCGGGCACUGAACAUGCACUACAAUAAAGCCAAUGACUUUCAUGUUCCAGACAGAUUCCUGGAAGUUGCUGAAAUCACCUUGCAUGAGUUUUACAAUGCCAUUUCCGCAACCAAAGAUUCAGACCCCUCUUGGAAAAAGGCCAUAUACAAGGUGAUCUGUAAACUGGACAGCGACGUCCCCGAGGAGUUUAAGACAUCGUCCUAUUUAUAGGCCAAAGUGAAGAGUUAUAACAGUGAAGGAGUUGAAGUUAGUCACUUGACAGUAUUAUUUCAUCCUUUCUUGUAGUGCAUUUUAGUGAGGUGAAAUGUAGAUGUUGGAUAAUUAAUCAUUUUGUUGAUCUGUAAAAAAGAAAAAAACACAACAAAACACACAAAGACACACACACAACAAAACCCACACACACUCUUCCACCCUCACACACACCAUUUUAUCGAUAGUCAAAAAUGCUGUAUGUUCUACUUUUAUCAACAAGCAGAUGAAUAUUAAUGCUCUUGUGGUUUAUUCUAUUGUUUAGUGUUUACUUAUCUAAUCUGCCUCAACACAUUUAGAGAGUUACUGAGUUUGUAGGUGUGUAAAUGUUUACAAAGUGUAAUCAUGCUUAUCAAUAUUAUUAAACUAUAGUGUAGCCUGAUUAAGUUGAACUGAAAGAGUUUUUUUCUUUUUUUUGGCAGUUACCGUCAGUAUUUCUUUGAUUUUGAUUCCAUUUCUUUUCAUAGCUGUGCGAGUUGUGUAAAUGUACAUGCGCUGCUGUUGUAUGUUGCAUAAUGUUCUAUAAUUAUGUUGUAAACUAUUAGCUUGACAGAAUGUGCAUGUGACAAUAAUGCAAGUGACUGUCAUGGGUUUUGAUUAUCAUGUAUAAAGGUCAUGUAAAGUACAAUCAUUUUCAGAUAUUUCAGUCACAGACACUGUAUUGGAUGAUUAUUGAAAUUAAA